UCAGAAGCUUCAAAGUCGAAUAACGUGGGCCCCAUCUGUUCCCAGAAACUCCUUCCGAAGUCGACCUCUGAUUCUCCCUAGCUCGUUCAGAGUUACACCUCCAUCUUUCUCUCUCUCUCUCACUCUCUCUUCUCCACUCCUUACUCUGAGUCUCACACUCAUCUGUAGCGGAAAUGGAGACGAAUUUUCUCCUCUUUCUUUCACUCUAUUUGCUUCUUCUUAUCAACGCGUCCAGAGCUCAAGUCCCUGCAGGUUUUGUGAGCCUAGACUGUGGGGGCAAGGAGAAUUUCACUGAUGAUAUUGGGCUUAAAUGGAUCCCUGAUAAUCAAUUUAUUUAUGGUGAAACAGCAAAUAUUUCUAUUCCAAAUGAAAACCGGAAGCAAUAUAUGACACUGAGACACUUCCCUGCAGAUAACAGAAAGUAUUGUUAUAAGCUUGAUGUCUUGAGUAGGACUCGAUAUCUUAUAAGGGCAACUUUCUUAUAUGGUAACUUUGACAAUAAUAAUGUUUAUCCAAAGUUUGACAUCUCCUUUGGGGCCACUCAUUGGUCAACAAUUGUCAUUUCUGAUGCAAAUACCACAGAGGUUCGAGAGUUGAUAUUCUUAGCUUCUUAUCCAACAAUUAGUAUAUGUUUAUCCAAUGCAACAACUGGACAGCCAUUUAUUUCCACUCUUGAGCUCCGGCAAUUUAAUGGUUCGGUUUACUAUACAGAGUUGGAAAACCAAUUCUUUCUCAGUGUAUCUGCAAGAAUAAACUUUGGUGCAGAUAGUGAUCUUCCAGUCAGGUAUCCCGAUGAUCCAUUUGAUAGAAUAUGGGAGUCUGACUCUCUUAAGAAGGCAAAUUACCUUGUUGAUGUUGCAGCAGGCACCGAAAAAGUGUCAACACCAAUGCCAAUUGAUGUUAACAGAGGUCAAAUGCCACCUCAAAAGGUGAUGCAGACGGCUGUAGUUGGUACAAAAGGAGAUUUAACUUACCGCUUGAACUUGGAUGGCUUUCCAGGUUCUGGAUGGGCGUUCUCCUACUUUGCUGAAAUUGAAGAUUUGAGUCCAAAUGAGACAAGAAAAUUUAGGCUAGUCCUUCCUGGCAUGCCUGAAAUCAAGAGACUUUCUGUUAAUAUUCAAGAAAAUGCUCAAGGAAAAUAUUGCCUGUACGAGCCAGGAUUCCCUAACAUAUCUCUUCCUUUUGUAUUAUCUUUUCGAUUUGUAAAAACAACUGACUCAGCUAGGGGACCCCUCUUGAAUGCUAUGGAGAUAAAUAAGUACCUGCGGAUCAAUGAUGGUUCUCUUGAUGGAACAAUUAUUGCUGGUUUAGUUUUGCAUUACCCAUCAGUGGAUUGGGCACAAGAAGGUGGUGACCCAUGCCUGCCAGUUCCAUGGUCAUGGGUUCAAUGUAGCUCAGAUCCGCAGCCAAGGAUAAUUAAAAUAUCUUUGUCUAAACAUAAUUUGACAGGGAAAAUUCCUUUGGAGCUGACAAAUCUGAUAGGCUUAGUUGAACUGUGGCUUGACUGGAACUUACUCACUGGCUCAAUUCCUGAUUUCAGUGGGUGCAUAAACUUGAAAAUCAUUCAUCUUGAGAACAAUCAGUUGAGUGGUGAGCUGCCCUCAUCUUUGUUGAAGCUACCAAAUUUGAGGGAACUGUAUGUGCAGAACAAUAUGUUAUCUGGAGCAGUCCCAUCAAGUCUUGUAAAUACAAAUAAUUUAGUUUUUAAUUACUCUGGAAAUGUUAAUCUUCACACAGAACAUACAAGAGGAAGCCACAUGAAAAUCAUUAUUGGAUCAACAGUUGGGGCCGUUGUGCUACUUAUAGCUACUAUUAUAUCUUACUUAUUGAUGCAUAAGGGGAAGAAGAAAUAUUCUGAGGGAGAGCAGCUUGCACCUUCCUUGCCUGUUCAGAAGCUAGUUUCUGCCUCAAAUGAUGUUACCACAGAAACUGCACAUUGCUUUUCAUUUGCUGAAAUUGAAGAUGCCACCAGGCAGUUUGAGAAGAGAAUUGGUUCAGGAGGCUUUGGAGUGGUAUACUAUGGAAAGAUGAAAGAUGGAAAGGAAAUUGCAGUCAAAGUUCUAACUAGCAAUUCAUACCAGGGGAAGCGGGAAUUUUCAAAUGAGGUCACUCUACUUUCAAGAAUACAUCACAGAAAUCUGGUGCAGUUUCUUGGUUACUGCCAAGAAGAAGGAAAGAGUAUCCUUGUUUAUGAAUUCAUGCAGAAUGGAACUCUGAAGGAGCAUCUUUAUGGACCAUUAACACGUGAGAGAAGUCUCAGUUGGGUCACACGCCUAGAGAUUGCUGAAGAUGCUGCAAAAGGCAUUGAGUACCUACAUACAGGCUGUGUUCCAACUAUCAUCCAUAGAGACCUAAAAAGCAACAACAUUCUUCUUGACAAACACAUGAGAGCAAAGGUUUCAGAUUUUGGUCUAUCAAAGCUUGCAGUAGAUGGAUACAGUCACGUCUCAAGCGUAGUUCGGGGGACUGUAGGAUAUGUAGACCCCGAGUAAGGCCUUUGCACAAACCAAUACCUUUUCUUUUAUAUUGUUUCCCCUUUUUCACUUUAGUUUAGGGGGAAACUACAUACUUGAAAGCAUUCUCUGACCAUGACUGAUUCAUAUAAUCAUCUAUUUGUGAAGUUAUGGCUAUAUCACAUUCUCAGAAGUGUAUGCUUUAUUUAAAUGGGUAUCUCGUCACUGGUCAUUUAGGCCUCUGCAAUCAAUGCAAUGACUAGUCAGUACAUACCGACUAGUCAGAUUAAAAACAGUUCAUUCUAAAUUUAAGAUAUUGAUGCAGUCUCAUACAUAAGUUAAUAUAGACCUAUGAUGCCUGGAUAUGGAUGUGGAUUUUUUUUCCAAAACAUUA